AUGUCCAGCCAAAGGAACACAUCGUCUCCUUCAAGGCCCAGGCCUGUACCAAGCUCAACCUCUCCUGGCACCUCACGAGGCCGGUCGCCCGCAGCGGAGUCUACUCCUCGAGCAACCUCAACCGCCAGACUUGGGUCUCCAAUUGCCUCCUUCGGCGCUCAAGGCUCUCCAUCCAUCCGUCAAGUUCCUGCUCCGAGCCAACUCAACAGCGAAAGUCAUACACCUCUCGCCGGGACCGGAACAUCUGAGUCGGUACCAGGGUCAGGUCAUUCUGCCCUUGCUGCCGCAUUGCAGGGCUCGUUUGGGAGAAGUCCACCGAGGUUUGGAACGCCGCCGUUACGACCCGUAUCCCCUAGUACUGCGGGUGCUGCACUGCAAGGGAGCGGGCCUCAGACAACAUAUGGCUCUUUCGAUAGCCGGUCCGGGCAGGGUGGUCAAAGGCGUAUAUCAGGCGCUCCUAAUGAAGAUCCGAAAGUGGUAAAGCGACAUCUUGUGCAGCCGCCGAAUCUGGACGGUGUUAACGACAAUGGCGAGGGUAGUUCUACCCUCAGCGAUAGAGCAUCAUCGGUGAACGUUGGAAAUGGCAAUGGCGGAAACGCUGCAACGGGUAUAGGUGAUGACGAGUUCUCCAGCCUGCGUCUUCAGGGAGGAGACAUGACUCGCACAAUUUAUCGAUGGGCUGAAAACGCCGAGGCACCUGGCCGGGCAAAACGUAGCAAGAGCUGGCAUAUUUCUCGUCUUGAGCCCGAAGACGAGGAACUCAAAGCGAGUGCCAUAAAGCAGCCUGGUGGCUUUCGGAGGAACUACUUGAGACGACAAGCCCCCGACCAAAUUUCAGGAAGGAGCAGAGGGCCAAAUGGCCUGGAAUCGCAAGAGGACUCUCCACAGACUGGGCGACCUAUGAAGAUCAUAACCAACAGCUUCUACGAGUUCCUUACCAUCUAUGGUCACUUUGCAGGAGAGGAGCUCAAAGAAGACGAUGAGGAAGAGUACUUCAACUAUGAGCCAUACGUCGAUGAAAUGGAAGGCGAAGAAAGGGAGGGUGAGCCCGGGGAAGGAAGUGCACUUUUGACGCCGGGUACUCCUGGGAUGCGGAAACGCAAGGUUAAGGACCGAGGUGUAAAGAGUGAGAACACUCCCACCGGUGCAGCGCUUCUACUACUCAAGUCUUUCAUUGGAACUGGCGUCCUCUUCCUUCCCAAGGCCUAUCUUAAUGGAGGAAUGAUGUUUUGUAACGUCGUCCUUUUGGGGGUUGCAUCGUUAAGCUACUACUGCUUCAUCCUCCUUGUCAACACUAGGCUUAAGAUUGAGGGCUCUUUUGGUGACAUGGGUGGAAUACUCUAUGGGAAGUGGAUGCGUGCCCUGAUCUUAACCUCUGUUGCACUCAGCCAGAUUGGUUUUGUGUCCGCCUAUAUCGUCUUCACUGCCGAGAGCCUGCAAGCAUUCGUUCUGGCGGUGUCGAAGUGUCGGACAUGGAUCGACAUCAAGUUCAUGGUUCUCAUGCAGCUCGUUAUCUUCCUUCCGCUGUCUCUAAUCAGAGAUAUCAGCAAGCUGAGCUUGACUGCCAUCAUUGCCGAUGUCUUCAUCGCCCUUGGCCUUUUGUACCUCGGAUACUUCGAUAUUCACACAAUGGCGAAGUACGGCGUAGCCGAUAUCACCAACUUCAAUCCUCGAGAUUGGACUUUGUUCAUCGGCACAGCGAUCUUUACCUUCGAGGGAGUCGGUCUGAUCAUACCAAUACAAGAGUCGAUGAAGAAUCCUUCCAAAUUUCCCCCGGUCCUCGCAGGUGUGAUGAUUUUCAUUACAAUUCUCUUCAUCCUCAUGGGCGCCUUGUCUUAUGCAGCAUUUGGAUCGGCCACAAAAACCGUUGUACUUUUGAACCUGCCUCAGGACAGCAAAUUCGUCAACGCAAUACAACUCCUCUACUCAUUGGCUAUCCUUCUGUCCACGCCGCUUCAGCUAUUUCCAGCGAUCCGGAUCAUGGAGAAUGAGAUUUUCUCGCGCAGUGGGAAAAACAAUCUCUACAUUAAGUGGAAGAAGAACGUCUUUCGGUUCUUUCUUGUUGUGAUGUGUGCGCUCAUUGCCUGGGGUGGAGCAGGCGAUCUGGACAAAUUUGUUGCUCUUGUUGGCAGCUUCGCCUGUGUACCCCUGGUCUACGUGUAUCCAGCUAUGCUUCAUUUCAAAGCUGUCGCAAAUUCGAAAAAGCAGCGGAUUGCUGAUGUCACUUUGUGCGUUUUUGGGUGCGCGGUAAUGGUAUACACUACCACACUAACGGUCAAGAGUUGGGCCAACGGAUCGAGUAGCAAACCUCCGGGCUACUGUGACGAGUGA